GAGGACGCCUCUGACUGGUGGAUUGACCACUGGGCUCGGAGGCUAGAGGCGGAGCUUCAUGCUCUCACUUGGGAGCAAAUGAAAGUGAUGGUGCGCAACAAGUUCCUUCCCCAGAGCUUUUGGGAUAGGAUGGAGCAUGAGUUCUACCACUUGCAGCAGGGCAGCUCCACAGUGGAUGAGUAUAUCCGCACUUUCACCCGUAUGUGCCUUUUUGCGGGCGACGCAGUGAAUACCGAUGCCAAGAAGGCCCGCAAGUUUCUUAAGGGGCUCAACCAGAGGAUCCGUGAACUGGUAGGGAGUCACGGGCCGAUGUCUUUCGCAGAUACUGUUAGUCGAGCUCAGGAGGUAGAGAGCUGUUUCAUUCCGAUAGCCCCAGUCCCUUUAUAUUAUCACAGCCUUCUCAGACCGUUGUUCAUCUCAUCUGUGUCGCCCGGCUCUAUCUCGGGCAAGAGGAAGUCCGAUUAUCAGAACAAGAAAAAGGGAAAGAAAGGAAGCUUCGGCAGACGUGACGACCGACCCACUCAGGGUCAACAUCCGAGGUGCCCUAAAUGCGGCAGGUUCCACACCAGAGAGUGCUUAGCAGACCAGAGAGCUUGUUACAAUUGCAACCGUCCGGGUCACUAUGCCAGUGUCUGCCCCGAACCGAAGAGACAGCAGCAUCAGCCGCCCUUUGCCCAGCAGCAGGGCUGGGGUCAGGCCCGAGUCUAUACCAUCACCCAUGAUGAGGCCGCCCGCAAUGCAGGUACCAUGUUCGGAAUGCUUUCGAUAUCCCAUGUGCCUGUCUUUGCUUUAUGUGAUACCGGUGCUACCCAUUCUUUUAUUUCUUCUCGUUGCUUGGAGGUUUUAUCUAUUGGCACCGUGCAUGCUUGUGAUCCUCUCGAGGUUAGUUUAGCCUCGGGAAAAAUUAUUAUCUCUGAUUCAGUGGUUCGCAAUCUUCCUAUCUGUAUUGGUGGUCGAGUUCUGGAGGCCGACGUCUAUGUAAUUGAUAUGCUAGACUUUGACAUGAUCUUGGGCAUGGACUGGCUCACCCGUUACCGAGCCGACAUCUA